CUCUGAAACAACACUACUGUUUGACCUUGAGACUCCUCCUCUAUGCUUUUACUCCAAAUUGGUGGACUUUCCCAAAAUUUGUUACUAGAACUCUCUUAAUCUCUUGCUUCACUUAAACAUGGAAGCCACCACAUCGGUGCUUAUCUACUCAAGAACAGCUCCCUUUUGUUUCACCGUAAAAAACAACAAUAAAUUUUCUCUUGGGUAUUUCAACAAACAGCUACCAAACAAUAUACCGAACCAGUAUUUUCGCUCUCAGCAAAAACACAAUCCCAUCAGAACUACAUUAAGUUUUGUUGUUCCUCUGAAAAGAACUAGAACCCAUUUGUUAUCGCCUCUUAAAUGUUCAUAUUCUAAUUCAACAAGUGCAGAUUCUUCUCGAAAGCCAUUGCUAGAACCCUUGAAAAACCUCACCUUUGAUUCACUCAAAACAGCCCUUUUAAAAGUAACCCCUUUUGAUAUCAUCAAGUGGUCUGGUAUCCUAUCCAUUGCAGUUGCAGCCACUAAAUGGACUGUGAAUUUAGUUUUAAAUCCCUUCUUUUGGAUGUACUUUAGUUGGACUUGGUUGUUUUGGCCUUGGUUUGUGGCUAUUGCGGUUGGUGUUUAUGGCUUAUAUUGUUUUAGAAAGUAUUCUCGAGGUGAAGCUAGCAUAUUGGAGCAACUUUCCGUUGUUACCUCUGUGUUUACAUGGUUAACACUGGUACCACCAGCCCAUUUAAAUGGCUACCUCGAAGGUUGGCCUUUUGUCUUCUUUUUUGUGUACCAUUACUUUUUUUUCUUCAAUGUUAGUGUAAGAAAACGGUUAUAUGGCGACUACUACACUCGUGAACAUGACCCCAAGUGGGAUAUAAGCCUGCCUAUCUGGUCUCGCCUUUUGUUUUGUAUUGGAGUUAUGGUUGGUCAUUGGCUUGCAGCCUUUGAAGCGCCGGAGUUGCAUAGAAUUCCUGGUGGGUGGAACAAUGUAGGAGUGUGGAUUUUGAUAGUGCUGACUUUGUUGAUGCAAUAUAAUUCGACAUUGUACCUGGCAAAAUAUUCGGAGAAGGUGGUGGUGCCAACUGCUGUUGUCCAGUUUGGACCAUAUAGGUGGGUGAGGCAUCCGAUAUAUGCUUCUACAAUGCUUCUGUUCGUGACAUAUUCUGUUGCACUUCGGGCACCUCUGAGCUCGCUGUUUGUUAUAGCAGUGUGUUUGGUGUAUUAUGAGCAAAAGGUGAAAUUAGAGGAAGCUUUGAUGGUGGAGACUUUUGGAGAAAGGUACCUGGAAUAUGCAAACAAAGUUAUGCACAAAUUCAUUCCUUUUGUAUACUAGUGGCACAGACUGACACUGUGGGCUCGACAUCAUAGAAAGAGAACAGACCUGGAGAAUGUGGAAGCCACCUCACAUUCACAUGAUAGCCAACUCAUAAAGAUGUAACAUAUGUCAGCUUAUCCUUGUUUUGAACCACAUAUUAGCUCAUAACAGGCACAUCCAAGAUACUUGUAAAAGAUCACUUCCAAAACACUCAAGAGGUUCCUUCUUCUGAGAGCAUUUGAGCCAUAUCACUUUCGUGUAUGUCCCUUGUGUUUCUGUUUCUGUGCACUUAAGACAAUAGUAAUUGGUCCUGUUUUGGCUUCUGAGUUUUUUCUCUUGCAUUUCUUAUCUUUUUGUAUCAUCUAUAUUUGUGUGUGUUAAUGCAAGCUGGCAUUACCAAGGCUACUCGUGUUUUGUAUGUGGCCUUGAAAGCUGAAUAAUUUUAUUUCCUAAUCAGGUAACUCAGGAAUUCUUCUCCAUGUAUUUCUCCAGUCUGCAAUACAGUAGUCUGUAUCUUAAAUGUGUUUGUUCUCAAGCUAGAUACCCUCCAAAAUGAAUUAAAGCUUUACCUGUUAUGUGGUGUCAUUAAAUUCAGAAAUUUAAGAUGCAGGUCACUCUCAAAAGUGUCAAGAUUUGUUUCCAUAAUUUGCAUAUGAAAAUACAUUUCUUGGGAGAAGUUAUAUCUUGCGCAAUGUGGGUCUGGUUGCUUCUUAGAAACCAUCUUCUAAUCUGUUCAACAUUAUUGAUAAAUAUCACAAUACCUUUUGCAUAAAUGCAUUUGAUGCUGGGGAUAUGUUAUUUAUUUAUG